AUUGAUCAGAUUUCACACUUACUUCUCCCUAGUGUCACCAACAAUGAGUGAAUCGCAGAGCUUUUCCUUACCCUACUCAAAGGGUAAUUAUGAAGACAUGGCAGAAGCGCAUCAUCGUUCAGCCAGCCGUACAAGUAAUGAGAAAUAUGAUGAUGCUGAUGAACAAUACUCACACACAUUCAAACCCAACAAUUCGUCGGUGGGAUGGGUUAUAAACACCAUAGGUGAAUUAGCAUACAGACACAAGAAAACGUUUGUGGUCUUGGUCGCUUUACUUAUAUUGUCAGUUUUUACCAAUGCUCCGUUUAUCCCACAUUUCAAACCCUCCGACCCAAAGAUUGUUAUUAUAUUAGCUGCCAACGAAGGCGGAGGUGUAUUGAAAUGGAAAUCACCACAAGAAUGGUCGGUUGAAAGAUCUUCCAUUGCUAAUAAGAAAAAUUAUGCCAAAAGACAUGGAUAUGGAUUAUCUAUCAAAGAUAUGACUAUUAAGAAGCGAUAUUCGCAUGAAUGGAGAGAAAGUUGGGAAAAGGUUGAUAUCAUGAAACAAACAAUGAGGCAAUAUCCUAACACUGAAUGGUUUUGGUGGUUAGAUUUACAUACAUUCAUUAUGGAACCGCAAAUUUCCUUAGAAGAGCAUUUCUUGAAUAAUUUGGACAAUGCCACUUAUAGAACUUUGGAUACAUUCAACCCGUUGUCUUUGCCUGUUGACAUGCCUUAUGUUGAUUACACUGAACCUGUUGACAUGAUUAUAACUCAAGAUUGUGGUGGGUUUAAUUUAGGAUCUUUUUUAAUGAGAAGAUCUAGUUGGUCGGAGAUGUUGUUAGAUAUCUGGUGGGAUCCAGCCAUGUAUGAACAAAUGCAUAUGCAAUGGGAACAUAAGGAACAAGAUGCAUUGGAAACUUUAUUUAAUACUCAACCUUGGAUUAGAGAAAGAAUCGGAUUCUUGCCAUUAAGAAAAAUUAAUUCAUUUCCACCAGGGGCUUGUUCAGAUAAGGCUGAUGAUCCUAGAUACUUCUUCCAGGACCAUGAUUUCGUGAUCAAUAUGGCUGGUUGUGAAUGGGGAAGAGAUUGUUGGGGCGAAAUGGAACAUUAUAAAGCAUUAUCAAAGAAAUUACAUAAACAUUGGUGGAAGUUCUGGUAGGUGUGUACUAAUGCUAUCUCUUUUACAUAGUUUAUAAUACCGCGUUAUAUAAAGAAAAUAAGUCGUGUGUAAUUUCAAAAAUUGUAGCUCCAGAAAAAAAAAAAUAGUGAGGUUGGAAAUUUAAACCAGCUACUCGAGUUGUCUGGAACCACUUGAGUUUAGUCGAAGCAUCCACGCUAAUUCACCUAGUUUCUCCUUGGAUCUUUCCGAAUCAAACCCAGAUUUUGGAUUCGCAACAUGUCCGACAAUUAUUGGCUCAAUGAUAAUGCAUUUCUGAACGGUGGAAAUAAUAACCUAGAUUCAGGUAACAACAACAAUGACAAUUCCAAUAAUAGCAAUGACGAUUUUUUAAAUUCAAUAUUUGACCAAAAUCAAGGACAACCGCAGCAACAGCAGCAACAACAGCAGUCUCCUGAUGAUGCUAUGAUGUCACCUUAUAAUCCCUUGCAACAGCAGCAGGAUUCGGGUUAUAAUCAAUCUCAGAAUCUUAAUCCCCAAAUGUUUAUCAGACAAGCUCAAGUUCAACAACAGCAGCAGCAGCAACAGCAGCAGCAACAACAACAGCAGCAACAACAACAACAGCAACAACAACAACAACAACAACAAGCAGCCCAACAGCAGCAGUUAACUGAAAUCAAUAAACAGCAACAACAAGGUUAUGGUAAUGUUCCUCCACCUCAAGUGAAUUCCCCAAUGAACCAACAGCAAGAUGCUUCUAGUACCAGAUCGUCUCUGGGUGCCAACACGGUUCUUCAACAACAACAACAAGGAACACCGGUUCUCAACAAUUCCAAUGUUCCUAUCAAUGUUCAAAGAAACUUAAGUCAAGGUACUAAUUAUGCAAGUCCAAUGGCGAAUAUGAUGUCUCCACAAAUGCAAUCUGCAAUGUCGCCAUCUCAGCAGCAACCUCAACAUCCUCAACCACAACAACAGGCACCACAGCAACAACCACAGCUUCCGCCUAAUAAAUCAUUACAGGUUCAAAUGCAACAGCAGCAGAAUCAACAACAGCCACCACUACAGCAGCAACCUCAACAACCCCAAGUUCAGCAACAACAACAACAAAUGCAUCAACAAGUGCAAGCCCAUAUGUCUCCUGAACCAAGUGGUGGUCCAUCUCCAGGUAUCAAGCAGAGCCCAAUGUUGAGUAAUGCCCCAACUCCAGUUCAAAGAAGAUUAUCAAGAGCAAGUAAUCCAUCAUCUGGAAAUUCGCCUAGUGUUGUUAACUCCCCAUAUAUACAAAACCAACAAAUUCCUAGAACCGCUAGCAACCAGCAAUUGAAUUUACAACAAUCAAUGCUUCAAAAUCAAUUCCAAAUUAAACAAGCAAUGCAUCAACAACAGUUGCAACACCAUCCACAGGCAUCGCCUGGAUCUGGUGCACCACAAUUGGUCCGUCAAGCUUCUCAAACCUCAAUUCCUACAAGACCAGGCUCAACUUCUCGUCAAAGUCAAGCAUCACCACUGGCAAUUUCUCAGUUGGAAUCAGUUAAGGUGAGCAAGGAAGAAGCUAGUAUUCUCAAGAAUUAUAUUCCAUUCAGAAGAGUGGUUGAUACCCAUGGUAUGCAUAAUAUCAAGGAGCUUUCCCAAAUUGCUAGUGAAAUUGAAGUUACCAAACCAGUCUAUUUGUUUGCACCUGAAUUGGGUGUUAUCAAUAUCCAAGCGCUUGUCAUGGGAAUCAAGAGUAACAGAGGGGUUCACAGUUCUGAAGUUGUUAGUGCAUUAAACACAUUACUUGUGACUACAUCCGAUGCAAACUAUGGAUUCCGUAUCGAUGACUGUUUGGAAUUGUUGGAUGCUCUUUCAAUUUUAGGUAAGGAUAUCUUGACCAGAAUUGUCGAUGGCACUAAUGGAGAAAAUGAAUAUGUUUCGGAUGAUGUUUCUACAUUGUCUGGUGGAACGCAGAUUGAUGACAUAUUUGAAAAGUAUGUCAAUGGAGCAAAUGGGAUGGCGGGAGAAGAUAUCGGGUUCGUGGUUGAUUCACUUACUGGUGAAGUUGUAAGUGAUGAAGAUGAUGACGAUAUUGAGAUUGAUGAUAUUUUCACUGUGGACACCAGCACAACUACAACAGAGUCAUCGUUAAUGAACUCGGCAAUGUCUCUUAGUACUUCACACCACCAAGUUCGUGAGGUGCCUCAUUUCCACAUUCCUGAUUAUAUGACUUCAUUGCAAAACUUCAAACAGGAAAACAAACAUCAUUUUAGCAAGCUUCAAACAAGGAGUGCUGCUGAUGAUAGGAUCAUGUUGAUUGAUGAAUUAAUCACCAUUACUAUGAUUUUAAGAAAUAUUUCCUUCUCAGAACCAAACAAGAAGACCAUGGCUGGAAAUAAAGUAUUUAAAGAUUUGUUGUUUGCGAUUGUCAAGAACAUUGGAUUAGAUGGGUCCAAAUUUGUAUUUAGCCGUAAGAGAUUGUGUUUACUCAAGGACUGUCUUUUAAUGUUGGACAAUAUUGCAUUUUUCAUUGAUUUAAGAAGUUUGGAAGAAGCAUUCUUAUCAUUUGUUUUGAUCUCAUCCUUUGGUCCUAAAGUUGAUGAAAAGGAUUACAUUAUUCCCAAAUGCAAUAUUGAAACUUACUCAUAUUUCCCAUUUGCAAUUGAUGCUUUUACGAAAUUAUUAGUUAAGGAACCUCAUAAUAGAUCACUCUUGCAGGCAGUAUUGAAUGGUACUUUAAAUGUCAGUUUGACUGCUAGUUACACUAAUAAUUUUGUGGUUAGUGUUUCUGAUCAAGAAUAUACCCGCAAGUUAAUAUUGGCAUACUUGAGCAAUGAAUCAACCCUGUACAAAUCUGGAGUUUUGUUGACGAGAUCAUUCAAGUUGUUUAUGAGUAUAAUCCCAUAUGAAGCUAACAGUUUUGAAUUUUCCAAAUUCAUCUUUGUACGAGCUCCUACUAUUUCACAAAUGUUAUUUGGAGCCAAGUUGAUUAUUGAUUUGAUUCCUAUUGAUGAUUUAACCACUAACUUGAAUAGGUUGUCGCUUCAUUGGAUAAUUGCUAACCGUGAAGUUAUAUUAGGAAAUUUCGCUAGGGUGGUGGUUGCUCUUUCGCUGGAAACUGGUAAAUUUGCGCGAGAAUCCAAUGAAUAUAAGAUCUUGACUUUGGUGUUGACCAAACUGUUAAUUGUUGUGAAUUCUUUACUUAAUAAUAUUGUUCUUGCCAAAGAUCUUGAAAAUAUUCCCCUGGAACAUGAAGAGUUGGUGAAUAAUUUAGAGCAGGUUUACAGUUUACCUAGAAUACUCCCCGAUAUCAAUAUGAGCUUAGAUACGUUCUUGGUUCCUUCUAUUGAUACCAACUUGGGUAAAGAAGUUGUGAGAUUGCUUAGAUAUUUGAAUGAAUUGAAUCAUCCUGUGGAUGUUGUAUCUGAGAACAUAAAGCAUGAUAAAGUGAUGGUUGCUGCUUAAUUUUGUAUUAUUUUAAAUUUUGUAUUAUAGUUUAUGCAAAUAUAUUGUUUUAUUUAUAAGAUAUACAUUGCUUUAAAUCAAUCCCAACUUCUCCAUUCUAACUUCAACAGCUCUUCUGUGAGCUUCUAAUCCUUCAACUGCAGCCAAAGUCAUUACCGCCUUACCGAUACUUUCCAACCCUUCCUUGGUGACAUCUUGAGCAGUAAUGAACUUUUGGUAAGUAGCAGUGUUAACCCCGGAAUAUUGUCUAGCAUAUCCAUAAGUAGGUAAAGUGUGGUUAGUACCACUUGAAUAAUCACCACAACUUUCUGGAGAUAAAGCACCAAUAAACACUGAACCAGCAUUAUCGACGUAUUCUGGAACAUACGAUUUGGCAUUUUCAAUUUGAAGAAUCAAAUGUUCAGGAGCGUACUUAUUAGAUAAUUCAAAGGCUUCUUCAUAAGUCUUAACCAAGAGAAUAUAAGAGUGGGACAAACACUUGGCGACGAUUUCCUUACGUGGCAAUACUGAGGCUUGACGUGCAACUGCAUCUUGGUAUUCUUUCAAUUUGGAGUCAGAUAAAUCGAUACCAAUGAGGAUAACUUGCGAAUCAAUACCGUGUUCUGCUUGUGAUAACAAAUCACUAGCAACGAAAUCAGCAUCGGCAUAUUCAUCAGCAAUGACCAAUACUUCAGAUGGACCAGCGGGCAUAUCAAUCGAACAUAAAGCUUGAGUAUCGUUUUGAACAUACAUCUUGGCGGCAGUAACGAAUUGAUUACCUGGUCCCAAGAUCUUGUCACAUUUAAGUACAGAUUCGGUACCGUAUGCCAUGGCAGUGACAGCUUGAGCACCACCAGCCAUAACAAUACAUUUGGCACCUAAUUUGUGAGCCACAUAAACCACUUCGGGAGUUAAUUUACCGGUAGCACGAGCAGGUGGCGAGGCAAUAAUGAUGUUCUUACAACCGGCAACUUUAGCUGGGACACCCAACAUCAUGGCGGUGGAUGGUAAGACGGCAGUUCCUCCAGGAACAUAUAAACCGACAUUUUCGAUAGGCUUGGCGAAUCGGGAACAAAAGACUCCAGGGGCAGUUUCAACAGUCAUGACCUUUUCCUUUGGUAAUUGAGCAGCGUGGAACUUUUCUAUGUUGCUGAUAGAUAAGUCAAUUGCAUCCUUCAUUUCUUGAGAGAUUUGCAUUAAUUCAGAUGGGAAUGGGGCAUUCAAUACUGGAUUAGAUAAUUCAACACCGUCAAAUUUGGCAGUAAGUUCAAUAAGAGCCUUAUCUCCGUUCUUCUUGACGUUUUCUAUGAUUGGAAGGACUAAUUUCAUGAUAUCGGCAGUCUUUUGUACUGGUCUUGUCAUGGCUCUAUUAAGGUCUUCACUGUCGGCAUUGAUGUCGUCAACCUUGAUAGUUUCCAAUGAAAAGUCAAGUGCUUCUGGUUGUGCUUGUUUUUGUUCAUUGUUAACAUAUGCUGGCUUAGCGUCACCUUUACGUCUAGUGACUUUCAAGGAUUUAAUAUCCAAGUUACGUUCAACAUCAGAUAAUCUGACGCCGUUCUUGAUGCACCAAACCAUGGCGAAAUACAACAAAUCAGCACAUUCCCAUGCAACUUCUUCUUUACCCUUGGCUUCAAUCAAUUCAUCGAGUUCUUCCUUUAGUUUAGCAAUAAGAAGUUUUUCGUCUUUGAACAAACGUUGGGUGUAUGAACCUUCGGGAGCAUUUUGUAAUCUGGCAGCUAAAGUGGUGUCUAACUUAGCCAAUCCCUUGCCGAAACUUGUUUCAGUGCCGGCUAAUUGACCAUCACCGAAACAUGUGAAGUUGUCUUGGCGGUGACAGAAGCCGUAGCCCUCUUUAGGAACUACGAUAAACUUAACAACAUCAGAAUCACAGUCUUUGGAAAUAGAAACCAAGGAUUGAGUGGCACCACUGGUCUUACCCUUGUACCAUAAUUCAUCGGUCCUCUUUCUUGAUUGGUAGACACCGACUUUUUCCUCAAUUGCAGCAGCAAUGGAUUCUUUGGAAGAGUAUACGAUACCCAAGGCAGUGUAUGAUGGAGCUGGAGUUGUGAUCAAAGUUGUGUAGAGACCAUCAGGACGGUCAGUGGUUAAGGUACUAAUGAAAAUUGAGGAGACAGAAAUCCUGCCAGCUUCUUGUUUCUUGGUGGUUAAUUUGGUUGCAGAAACCACGGGAGUAUAACCCGAUUGGGCUAGCUCGUUGGCUGAUUCUUGAGACAAGGAGUCAUCUCGGAUAUAAAUUUGUCUAUUUUCGUCAUCAUUGUAUGAUUUAAAGUUGGCUACUUUUGACUUGAAUAUGAAGGACAGUUUUGAUUUCAAGAGAUCUUGGGAAACGUCAUCUUUAUCGAAUUGAACAGCAAAUCUUUCAGUUGGCAAACUGGAUUCUGCGACAAUUUCGUGGUAUCUUGCGGCCGGGAUAAAUACUUGCUUGACACCAGUGUUUAAAAGUGCUACGACUUGAUCGACCGUGAUUUCAGAAUCAGUGGUUGCGUCAACGUAGACUUCUAAAUCAGGUGGAAAUUGUUGUAACCAGUGUUUGGAAACAGUGACAGACGUCCAUGGGAAUAAAACUUGGCCAACCAAUGAGAACUCGGCAAUUGUUGCAUCUUCAGUAGGGGAAGAUAUGAGUGGUAGAACAGGGAAAGACAUUGUGCUGUUCUUGUGUGGAGUUGUGAUAAGAAGUUGAGGUGCUGUCUAAAAUUUUCAGAGAGCGACAACGGGCCCAAUUUUAAAGUUCUGGCCAAUUUUAAUUCUGAGUCAUCUCGCUUGCGAAGUCAAAUUGAUAAGUGCAAAACAAAAAAAAAAAAAAAA